AUGAGUGAUAUUGCACAGUCUAUUAAUGAAGCAACCUCUUGCCGUCCAAUAUCACUCCUCCCAACAAUAGGCAAAGUCUUGGAGAAGCUCCUAACCCAAAGACUCACCUACCACCUAGAAAAGAACAACCAUAUAUGCAAUAGACAAUAUGAAUUCCGUGAAGGGAAAUCAGUGGACAUGGCCAUUGACAACUUAAUGAGGGAAAUCAAACUGGCAAAACAAAACAAGAACCACGUCCUCCUGCUCUCAAUUGAUAUCAAGGGUGCGUUCGACAACAUUCAACAUGCUGCAAUCGAAGAUUACCUAAAUAAUAGCAAUAGCCCUGCCAACUUGAUAGAAAUUUUCAAAGACAUACUUAAAAAUAGAAAAGUCGUCCUCAGCACAGCAGAAGGACCAGCAGAAAGAGAACAGAAACAAGGCUGCCCACAGGGAUCCUGCAGUGGCCCUGCUCUCUGGAACCUGGUAGCAAAUGAAAUCCUUCAGCAGGAUUGGCCACGCAACACCACCAUCCAGGCUUUUGCUGACGACUUUGCUAUAAUAACUCACGCCCCAACCAGGAAAGAAAUUGAGAACCAAACACACGCAGCAAUAGAAAAAUUCUCCAAAUGGGCAAAUAAAAACAAGUUGGAAAUAGCCAUUAAUAAAACCAAUUAUAUCUUCCUCAGUAAAAUAGUAAGAGGCCCAUCAAUAAAAUGGAACGGCACAGCGAUCAAAAGAAAAAAAUCAAUAAAAUACCUAGGAAUUCAAAUAGACGACAAACUCAAUUGGAACGCACACCUUCGAUAUCAAGCAACAAGAGCAGCUAUCCUCCACCAAAAUCUCCUAAAAAUAGCAGGGAAAUCCUGGGGAAUUAAGCAGGCACAAAGAAAAACCCUCUACUCAACUGUAAUAGAAAGAGUACUUGUACACGGCGCAGCCAUCUGGUGCCAAGAUCCCACCGAGAGGAUGAAACGGAAACUUGCAGCCAUCCAACGACCGUUUCUACUAGCCAUAUCGGGAGCCUAUAGAACUACCUCAACAGCAGCCCUACAAAUAAUUUUGGGAAUCCCCCCUCUCCACCUCCAACUACAAAGAGAGGCAAAGGGCAUCUCGUUAUAUAGGCUCAAAACCCCGACCAACAACUGCGAUCUUCAAAUUAGCCAACUAGAAAUAGAUUGUAAGAUUUCAGGCUGGACUUCUCAUCCCUCGGUACACCUAGAAGAUCACCAGAUUUCACAUGACGACGGAGGCUUGAGAACGGACCCGAAUGGAAUUUACACAGAUGGAUCGAAGACGGACAAGGGAGUAGGAGCAGCGUACUGUGUCUUCAACAAUGGAGUAACUACAACAACUUGGGCAACAAAACUGGCCCACCACAAUACAGUAUUUCAAGCUGAGAUCCUGGCCCUAUACAAGGCCGCAGAAUUCCUGAAGUCCACAUCAGCAACAUCUACCAUCUACGUCGACAAUAGGGCCAGCAUCUUAGCAGCAAAAAAUCCAAAAUCCAAUAACAAAUGUGCCAGGAAAAUCUUUGCAAUACUCUCUACAAAUGCAAACAUAAAGAUAUCCUGGAUUAAAGCCCACGCUGGAUAUGCAGGUAAUGAGAAAGCGGAUAGACUUGCCAAACAAGCUGCUGAUUCAGACAGCCCUAUCCAGCCCGAACUAUACCCAAUUUCAUUCAUAAAGUCCAGUCUAAAACGAACCAUGUUGGAAAAGUGGCAAACGGAAUGGGACAAUGGCGAAACUGGAAGACUCAUCUACCAGCUUCUUCCAAAAGCCACUCAACAACUUACGCCCUGGAGAAGGGAAGAAAUUCUCUUCUUCACAGGCCAUGGCCCAUUUCCCACCUACUUAAAAAGGUUCAAUUUAGCAGACAAACCUUACUGCACCUGCGGCGAAGUGGGGUCACCACUCCACUACGCAACAGAAUGCAUUUUAACUACAUCUUAUCACCUAACGAAACCAUCAGCUAACCUUCAACAGGCCUGGUUCUCCAGGGUAGCAGAUAACUCUCUCACCCAUGACAUCCCUGCUCCAACCCAACCUAAAACCAACCAUUCCUGCUCUAACCCAGCCAAGUCAGCUCCUCACCAGUCUAACCGAAUUCAGCUCGCCAAUGCAACCCACUGCAGCCUAAAAAUCUUUAACCCAGCCAACUACAACUCAGCCAACAUCAGCUCCACAUCAUCAGCCCAAUCACCAUUACCUCCACAUCAUUAG